AUAAUUUAACCAUCCAAAAUAUAUACAAAAUCAAAUGCACCUCUUCCACCUACAGUGUUGCAAGAGUCAGUUGGAGGUCGGCCGUGCGCGGAGCCUGUGAGGAAGUGUUCGAGGGCAGCCCUGUGCGGAGCCUGUGAGGAAGUGUUCGAGGGCGGCCCUGCGCGGAGCCUGUGAGGAAGUGUUCGAGGGUGGCCCUGCGCGGAGCCUGUGAGGAAGUGUUCGAGGGCGGCCCUGUGCGGAGCCUGUGAGGAAGUGUUCGAGGGCGGCCCUGUCGCGGAGCCUGUGAGGAAGUGUUCGAGGGUGGCCCUGCGCGGAGCCUGUGAGGAAGUGUUAUUGUGGCAACAGUAAACAUCGUUGCCGUCUGCAUGUGCAACUAUUUAUUCCCUUCUGGCAUUCCUGAAAUGAAAACCUUAAGAAAGCGGCACUAAUGAAACGCUUUUCGUCGAUACUGACAUACCAAUUGUACUCGCGUAGUACUCUUGGCACUGGAAGCAAGUCAUCGAGGUGGGAUGUUAAGGAGAGCGAGAGCAGAGCAGAGCCAGUCAGAGUGUAGCGUUGGUAGUGUGUGUGUGUGUGUGUGCGAGAGAGAGGGAAGCUCCUGUCAUCACUCUCAGUCAACUACUGCCUCGGUCACACCUACUUUUUUCUCGCUGCUGAGCAGUAACUGAUUUUCCAAGAGUCUAUAAAUGAAGUGAUAUAAUGUAGUGUGUUAAUGUUCAUUUGUAAAACUGUGAUUAUAAACUAGUGAGUCUAGAUAUUCCCUGGAAUAAAAUCGUCUGCAUGGAAACAUGUGACUCUCAAGUAAUGUGAAACAUUGAAAGAUCAUAGUGUGUUUAUGUGCAAUGAAUAAUGUAAUAAUUACUUUACUCAUGGGAAGUCUUAAAGACGUAUAUCUUCCGCCAGUAAUCUUAGCUGACAGAAAAUUAAUCUGAAUAAGACAAAUCUCUUGCUACGUGUUGGUAGAGUAUGCCUUCCUCCAGUGAGUGUACUUGAAUACAUCCACAUGGAGGGGCAGGAUAACAUCAACGUGGAUUCACCUGGGGAGGAAGAGAUGGACUCUCAUCCAGAACCCAGCCCCACAUUGGAGGAGUUCAGGAAGAGUCGUGGCUUUCGGCGUAGAAUGUCAGAAUCUGCUCGGGAGAUUCCUAGUGAGGGGCUGUCCCGGCUGGCUCGCCUGGGCAAUGGUAUCCGUCGCAGGUUGUCAGGUUCCACCCGCGAUGUGUCCACCACAGGGACAACAGCCGCUGAGAUGGCUGCUGAAGGUAAAAGUGGCGGUAAUGGCCUUCGACGCCACCUGUCUGCCUCCAUGAAGGAUCUCCUCCUCAAUGGGGACGCCGAGGGUCUGGGCCGGCGACUGUCCCGUCGUCUGUCCCUCCUAGCUGGGACAGUGGCUUCUAGGGCUGACAACACCCGAGGCUCCCUGAGGGCUAGACUUCCUAACCUACGGCGCUCUCGUACCUUCACUGUCACCCUCGUCCUCCCCGACUCUUCCCACAGGACAGUGAGUGUUGCUCUUUUGAGUAUCCUCGUUUUAACUUAUAACUUUGCAUCUAAUCGUAUUGGGUCAUUGCUUUUUCUUCGUGGCAAACAUCAUGUAAUCUCGACACAGAAAAACAUGCUUUCAAAUGUCAUCAUUUUUUCCUCUGUACACUGAAAAUAUUAAAUGUGUGAGCUUUAUUUUUA